UAGAAGAUGGAGUGGUCUCCCGGCAAGUUUUGGGGAGUGCUUGGGGUUACUGCUAUUAUUACAUGUCCUCCUCCAUUCGAGUCAAAGCCUGCCCAGGCGGUUACUAUGUCUACGAAUUUGUAAAACCACAAUAUUCAUGUUCAGCGUACUGCACAGAUAUCAGCACUCUGUCCCAGACAGAAUUCUCAACAAAUCCAACCAUGGUGACCAAAUUCAGCACGCCCUUGUCUACUAUCAACACCAAUUCUGACCCGUGCUAUAACUACAAAAGUCUUGAUAAUGAAUGGAGAAGCACACGCAGUUACUGGAGUAUACAACAUGAUGACACCAUUGCUGAAUGGGACGGCUGGUAUCGACUGUUUAUUAAUGGGAUGAGUGCUGAGAUGCCUGAGUGGUGUCUGAAUGAUAUGACAUGUGGUGGUUACAGCCCUCUAUGGCUUGGUGGCUCUCAUCCACGUCUAGAAGACGGAGUUGUUACUCUUGAAGUCCAUGGCAGCUCUCGAUACCAGCAGUGCAGUUCCUACAGAUCCAAUCCAAUCCAAGUCAAAGCGUGUCCUGGCGAUUAUUAUGUCUAUGAACUUACCAAACCAAAUGUGGCAAUCCCAGCCCCUGUAUAUUGUGCAGUUGCUUUUAACAGUCCGAGUGUCGACCCCUGUGACAGCUACACCAGUCUGGAUGAGUUUUGGAGAUCCCCCAGCUAUACUUACUAUUCCUAUUAUUAUUAUUACUAUUCAAUGUGUGAUUAUAAUGUCAACUGGAAUGGCUGGUACAGACUCUUCUCUCAGGGUCAGAGUGCUCAGAUGCCUGAGUCAUGUGUAACUUCUGGCUCGUGUGGCACUUCUCAUCCGUUGUGGCUCAGUGGCACUCACCCACAGCUGGAAGAUGGAGUGGUCACCCGACAAGUCUGUGCUUCUUCAUGGGGUGACUGUUGCGGUUACAGGUCCCAUCCAAUACAAGUGAAAGCCUGUCCGGGGAAUUACUAUGUCUAUGAGUUUGUCAGUCCAACAUUCUGUUCAGCGUACUGUGCAGAGGUUAGAAGUCUAAACCCCUCAACAACAACAACAACAACAACAACAACAACAGAGACAACAACAAUCACAGAGUCCACUUCAUCUCUGCCCAUCACAACCACUGCUACUUUGGACAGCCUCAUUUAUGAUCCUUGUGACAACUUUACGUCUCUGGAUCGUCCCUGGAGAGCCACAAACGAAAGUGGAUUGUAUAUUUGUGAUGAAAAUUUCUCCUGGGAUGGAUGGUACCGACUUUUCUACAAUGGAAAGAACAUCCAUAUGGCAGAAAACUGUGUUAGUUCAUACAGCUGUAACGCUUACGUGAGUCUGUGGCUCAGUGGUGGUCACCCUCAUAUAGAAGAUGGAGUGGUCUCCCGGCAAGUUUUGGGGAGUGCUUGGGGUUACUGCUAUUAUUACAUGUCCUCCUCCAUUCGAGUCAAAGCCUGCCCAGGCGGUUACUAUGUCUACGAAUUUGUAAAUCCACAAUAUUCAUGUUCAGCGUACUGCACAGAUAUCAGCACUCUGUCCCAGACAGAAUUCUCAACAAAUCCAACCAUGGUGACCAAAUUCAGCACGCCCUUGUCUACUAUCAACACCAAUUCUGACCCGUGCUAUAACUACAAAAGUCUUGAUAAUGAAUGGAGAAGCACACGCAGUUACUGGAGUAUACAACAUGAUGACACCAUUCAUGAAUGGGACGGCUGGUAUCGACUGUUUAUUAAUGGGAUGAGUGCUGAGAUGCCUGAGUGGUGUCUGAAUGAUAUGACAUGUGGUGGUUACAGCCCUCUAUGGCUUGGUGGCUCUCAUCCACGUCUAGAAGACGGAGUUGUUACUCUUGAAGUCCAUGGCAGCUCUCGAUACCAGCAGUGCAGUUCCUACAGAUCCAAUCCAAUCCAAGUCAAAGCGUGUCCUGGCGAUUAUUAUGUCUAUGAACUUACCAAACCAAAUGUGGCAAUCCCAGCCCCUGUAUAUUGUGCAGUUGCUUUUAACAGUCCGAGUGUCGACCCCUGUGACAGCUACACCAGUCUGGAUGAGUUUUGGAGAUCCCCAGCUAUACUUACUAUUCCUUAUUAUUAUUACUAUUCAAUGUGUGAUUAUAAUGUCAACUGGAAUGGCUGGUACAGACUCUUCUCUCAGGGUCAGAGUGCUCAGAUGCCUGAGUCAUGUGUAACUUCUGGCUCGUGUGGCACUUCUCAUCCGUUGUGGCUCAGUGGCACUCACCCACAGCUGGAAGAUGGAGUGGUCACCCGACAAGUCUGUGCUUCUUCAUGGGGUGACUGUUGCGGUUACAGGUCCCAUCCAAUACAAGUGAAAGCCUGUCCGGGGAAUUACUAUGUCUAUGAGUUUGUCAGUCCAACAUUCUGUUCAGCGUACUGUGCAGAGGUUAGAAGCCUAAACCCCUCAACAACAACAACAACAACAGAGACAACAACAAUCACAGAGUCCACCUCAUCUCUGCCCAUCACAACCACUGAGGUUAGAAGCCUAAACCCCUCAACAACAACAACAACAACAGAGACAACAACAAUCACAGAGUCCACCUCAUCUCUGCCCAUCACAACCACUGAGGUUAAAAGCCUAAACCCCUCGACCACUUCAGCAACUACAACAACAACAACAACAACAGAGAAAACAACAAUCACAUGGUCCACUACAUCUAUGCCCAUCACAGCCACUGCCAUAACAGACCCAUGUGCUGAGCUCAAUUGCACUGAUGACGAAUGGUGUGGGGAGAAAGAUGGAUUCUAUGGUUGUUUAUGUAAAGAGAACCAUCCCCGACCUGACCCUGACUAUUAUGAUUCCAUUGAAAUUUGUGAAAGCAGUUCUGGUUCCCUCUCUCUGUCCCGUUGUCAGCUUUUUGAGGAUGGUUUUCCUGCUGAAAAUCUACACCUCAGUGAUGCUAACUGCAAAGGAACUGUCCAGCAUGGCAGAGUGGAGUUCCAUUUUGAUAGCAAUGACCACCUCUGUGGUACAAAUCUUGUGGCUAAUGGUACACACUUUAUCUAUGAGAAUGUUAUUUUGGGUGAGGUGGAAUCAACUCAACUCAUCAGCAGGAAGAGACAUCUGAAGUUGCCUUUCUCCUGUAUAUAUUCUCAAAGCCAAACAUUUUCAAUGAAUGUGCAAAUCAAUCCUCUGGAAAGCAUUUUGCACAGGACGAUUCCUGCUGGUCAAGGCACAUAUAAAGUCAGGGUUGUUCCAUAUCAGGAUCCUGAGUUUUCCCAACCUUUCACUGGUAGUGUGAAUGUGGAGGUGAAUCAGCUGAUUUUUGUGGAAGUUCUCGUGGAUGGGAUUGAUGGCCAACAGUUUGCAAUGCUGAUUGACGCAUGUUGGGCAACACCUGUGAAUGACCCUCAUUAUCAUGUCCGCUGGGACCUCAUUGUUGGAGAGUGCCCCAAUCCAAAAGAUGACACAGUGGAUCUGCUGCAGAAUGGUGUGUCCACAUCAGGUCGUUUCUCCUUCAGAAUGUUUGCAUUCACUGCAGACUCUUAUAAGAUUUUCCUGCAUUGUUCUGUUCACCUUUGCCUUCUGAAAAACAAUGACUGCCUACCGCACUGUAACCCUGGUCACCAGAGGAGAAUACCCAGGUCUGUGGAUUUCCAUGACACAGCUUCCAUAACUAUGGGUCCUCUGAUCUGGUCUGAUAGGAAACCUGAUUCAUAGGUCACAGACCAAGUGACGGUGUCCAGGACCUCAGUUCUGUGUGGUUCUUUGAUGGCUUUGCUUGUUUCUCUCUGUCAAGACCUUGUUUUAGUAUUUUCCCACAAAUAGUAGGAAACUUUUUAGAUAGAUCUGGUUGAAUUAUACACUGUACAUUUAUCAUAACAUAUAUCAUUAGUGUGAUGGCCAUAGUUUGUUUACUUACAAAGCCUCACUAUCUGAAAAAUUACUUGAUAUUAUUAAAUUGUGAUUAUUAUUAUAAUUUGUUUAUUUAUUAAUUUUUUUCUGAAUGUGACAUUCUUGAUUAUUCUUGAUUAUUA